GGGCGUGGAGGGGCCGGCGAAGCCGGGGCGGCUGCGGGCGGAGUGUGGCCGCGGCCCGCGGCAGGAUGUCGGGCUCCCGCUGCCAGACGCUGUACCCCUUCUCCGGGGAGCGGCACCGGCAGGGGCUGCGCUUCGCCGCGGGGGAGCUGAUCACGGUGCUGCAGGUGCCAGACGGCGGCUGGUGGGAAGGGCAGAAGGAGGAUGGGCUGCGAGGAUGGUUCCCGGCCAGCUACGUGCAGCUCCUGGAGCAGAAACCCAGAAAGGCAACUCCUCAGACAGGAGAAGACACCUUGAAUGGUCAUCUCCCUCCUGGCUGGCAGAGCUAUAUGUCCCCCCAGGGCCGAAGGUACUAUGUGAACACCUUCACAAAUGAAACGACCUGGGAGCGUCCAAGCAGUGUGCCUGGGACUCCAAAGAGCCCUGUGUCUCAGAAGAGCUCUGCAGUGAAUGGCUACCACAUCUCUGGAACUCCAGUGCACCAGCUCGACUCUGGCCAUAGUCCGGGGUCCCCGGCGGCGCCGCGGCGGCAGAGCAAGGAGAGCAGCCUGACGAUAAACUGUGUAACUUUCCCCCACCCUGACGUAAUGCCAGAGCAGCAGUUGCUGAAACCUUCCGAGUGGAGCUACUGCGAUUAUUUCUGGGCUGACAAGAAGGACUCACAGGGGAACAACACAGUGUCAGGAUUUGAAAUUCUGCUUCAAAAGCAACUUAAAGGGAAGCAAAUGCAAAAAGAAAUGGCAGAGUUCGUUCGAGAAAGGAUAAAGAUUGAGGAGGAAUAUGCUAAGAACCUGUCCAAACUGUCUCAGAAUUCCCUGGCUGCUCAGGAGGAAGGGACACUAGGAGAGGCUUGGGCUCAGCUGAAGAAGAGUCUGGCUGAUGAAGCAGAGGUCCAUCUCAAAUUUUCUUCUAAGCUUCAGAGCGAGGUAGAAAAACCGCUGCUGAACUUCAGAGAGAACUUCAAGAAGGACAUGAAGAAGUGUGACCACCACAUCGCGGAUUUACGGAAGCAGCUGGCCAGCCGCUACGCAGCUGUAGAAAAGGCCCGGAAAGCGUUGACAGAGAGACAGAAGGAUCUGGAAAUGAAAACACAGCAGCUAGAAGUGAAGCUCAGCAACAAGACAGAAGAAGAGAUUAAGAAGGCGAGACGGAAGUCCACCCAGGCAGGAGAUGACCUGAUGCGCUGCGUGGAUCUUUACAAUCAAGCCCAAUCCAAGUGGUUUGAGGAAAUGGUAACCACCACCCUGGAACUGGAGAGACUGGAAGUGGAAAGGGUAGAGAUGAUUCGGCAGCAUCUCUGCCAGUACACACAGCUGCGGCAUGAGACAGACAUGUUCAACCAAAGUACAGUAGAGCUUGUGGAUCAGUUGCUUCGGAAAGUGGAUCCUGCCAAAGACAGGGAACUGUGGGUAAAAGAACACAAAACUGGAGAUAUCCGACCUGUGGACAUGGAAAUAUAGACUGAGCUGGAGGUGUCUGUGAGGAGUCCACUGACUGAGUCCAGGCUAACGUUGGGUUUCUAAGGGGCAGAAGAACAUAGGGAAGAGGUGGUUCCACUACCUUGUAAUUUAUGCCUGUAGGGGCUCUCUCUGUUACAUUUAGUCAUUAAAAUGGUCCUCAUUGUGCUAAGCCUUAAGCACCAGACAUUCCAGGGUGAAGAAACCAGAUGUGUGCUUCCCACCAGAGGUUCUCAAUUGCACGCAGCUUCCAGAAGAAAUCUGCUUUCUGGUACAGAGUGUGCUCUGGUCUUCAGUGACUUUGUGCUACAUCCCUUGCAUGACUAUCUUUAUACAGUAUGUUAGAACAACCAUGCAGUGAGCCUCUGGCCAGCAAGUAGGUCACUAUUUGAACAUGAUGCAGGAGGCAAGGAAGUCCUGAUCAUGAAUCCCAGGUCUGUCACUGACUGCUUUACUGGCUGUAGGCAAGUCAAUUAACGUCCCUGGCUCCCCCAUCUGUGAGACAUGCAUAUCUCAGCAGUGUUGUGCAAGUACUUUUGUAUCUGAGAUCACAACUUCCCACCAUGGCAGUGAAGUGACGGCCCUUCUCCCAAAACCUAUGGGGAAGACUCCUGCUCUUCCUGUUUUAUACUCCCUCUCAGGGAUACAUGAACCCAUUCUCAUCAUGAUUUCUGUUCCAGGCUGAUCGAUGAGGUUGAAAGUGUUACCAUCACUGCUGUUUAUCAGGAAAGACUUGGUUGUGCUCUACCUACCUCAUUAGCUGUCUGAGUGCCCUCAGUGACAGGAAGAGGUCAUCUACCAAGGAAUAAAUGAGAUGUUAAGAAACUCUGCUGCUUAUGCAAGAUGUUUUCUCGCAGUAUCUCCCUAAACACAAGUCCUCUAACAUUUUAUUAGGGAUUCAGGUUAAAAUUGCCCUUGGUUCCUUCAGGUGAAUAUCACAGCCUUUAGGUACCUUCCAUUACUAAGUUUGUCCAGCUAAAUUGUGAGGUUUUAUCUCUUUAAAGCCGGAUUUUCAAAGGUGCCAUGAAUCUGUGAUGCUAGAUUGCACUGAAUGUAGAUGUAGGUGCCCAGCACUUCUGCACCACUGGAUUCUUAACCUGAAGUUUUUUCCUCUGUUACCCUUGCUGCAAGCUACCAAAAAUUGUACACUGCUCUUGCCACAUAGUGUUCAUAGUUUGGAGGCUGGUUUGGAAAAGCUCUUAAUUUUCUUUUCCUGCACUUAUUUCUGAUUGAUUAUUCAGUAUAGCUGUUAAAAUACUUUUCAGCAUUUCACUCAAUGCUGAGAGUCUUAAGAUUCUCACUUCACAUCCAGCAGAAACCUUGAUUCUCACCACGGUGGCCUUUACUCAGUGUUUACAGUGUUGUUAUCUACAGUUUCCCAAACCAUACUUUUUCAUUUGAUCCAGAGCCAGGCUUUCCUAUUUCUCAUUGUUGCCAUCCUUUGUUCCAAAACUGCAUUCUGCUCUUCUAGCUCAUUGUUCAGCAGCCUCUAAGUGCUGUGGUUAGAGCACUGAGAAUUAUUAUUCCCCAUUACAGAGAAGUCUUCUCUGAAACACACUUUUAAUAUUGCUGCAGUGAUUGUUUUUCUGGUUUGCUGUUUCAGACUGAGUUCAGUUGCAUUUUCCUCCUGUUCCCUUCUUCUCAGCCAUCUCUUUACUGAUACAGAUUCAUUUCUAUCUUGUGAAUGCCUCCACAACUCACUUCUCUGAUGUGUCAUUAACCUUUAUGAACCUCUGCACCUCCAUGGGUGCAAUGCCAUGACAACUGCCUGCUCGGGAUCCCUGUGUCCCUGUGUGACACCUCACAUGCUGCACUUCCAUUACACGCUGGGAUCUCGCAGCUUCUGUUUUGUUCUCAUGCAUCCAGCACACUGUUCUGAGAGUCUCUGCUCAUCUCCUGCAAAGGCCAUUGCAAUACCAAUGAAACAGGAUUUGCCUCUGCAUCCUGGAGUCCUGGAGCUCAGUGGGCUUGGCUGUGCUUCCUUAGCCUCCUGCUACACAAGCAAGGAAGAAUCAUCAUGAUUAUUUCUUUGUCAGUCUUCCUAUUCAUCCACUCUCUGUCCCAUUCACUUUUUGGCUUAUAAAGACACACUUCUCCUACCCUUACCAUGCACUUUGGAGUACAGGCACUUUUUUUUUUGUUUUAAACCAUAGAUGCACGGUGAGCUUUUCAAAGUUCAGUGGCCAGAAAUAACUGGAGUGCUUAGGAGCUGCAUGUCAGAUCAGCCCCUGUAUUCUGAGCUGUGUUGUGAAUUAAAACAAGCAAUCCUGCCACGCCUCACCACCUUCUUGUUUGGGUGACAAAACUCAGCUACUUCUGCACUUUAUACUCCCUAAUUAAGAUCUAAAAUAAUCUGCUAUCAAUUACAAUUUAUCUUCCCCUUUCUUUAAAGGUGUUUGUUGUUCUCCCUAUUUUGGACUGAAACUGCUGUGUAGCAGCAGAGUUUUCUCUGGGGACUGAGAUGUGUUUUGGUUCCUCUGCUAAGGUACAUCUGAAGUGCUCUCAAUUCUCAGUUGUAUUUUCUGGUGAUUUUCCCCCCCACCUUUUUAUUUCCAGACAAUGUUCCUACUUCCUAGUUUUUGUUCAGUUGGAGAUGUUGCAGGAAUGUGUGAGCUGCACAAAAUGAUUACUCCUUUGAUGGAGUCUGCAUCUCUCUUUCACUUCUGUAACCUGAGGUGAGCACUUGCGCCUGGCUGUUGCUCUUCGCCAUGAUGCAGCUCUGCAAUGGGUGAGAUGCUUCCUCUCCAAGACUUUCAUCAGUAAUCAGGGGAAGUGUUAGGGAGGUUUUGCUAUUGCUUGUAAGAUUCCAGCUUCUUUUCUUGCAAAAGGUGAUAUUCCCCUAUGAUACAACACUGCAGACAGUGGGGCCAGGCUUUCCUGGCUCAGUCACUUCUCUAGCUGAUGGACCCUGGUCAGUGUGGUGCUUUACAAAGCAGGGAGUGAUGGAGCCCCUCUGCUUCUGAACAGACAGCAUCUUCAGAGGAGGUCUGAAGGAAAGCAUGGACACCUGCCCUUGUGUUUGUUCCUAACCAGGUAACUUGGGGAGUUUCAGCAUUGCCUUACACAUCUUGCAUUGAGUUGCAAAAAUGCAGUUGAACCUAGUCUUUCUUCAUGCUAUAGCUCAUCCUGAACUACUUCUUCUCUGGAGCAAGACCAAGCUCUGUGUCACAUUAAAAUAGUUGGUGUGUGAAAAGCACAAUGGGGUGCAGUGUAACUGAUAAUGGGAAUAGCAAAGGAAGUCUUUUGGCUCCACAGGUGCUGCCUGAGCUUGAGGGUCAUCUCCUUGGGUCUGGCAGGGGAGACUCACACGUUUGGUGCAGGUUUUUACAAUUUUAGUCACUCCAGGUGUCAGUCUGGAUGCUGAGUGACAGGGCUGACUUACAGCUUCUUGCAGCUCCGUGGUCACAGAGCAGAAGGUGAACUUCCAGUUCAUCCUGCUUGCUUUCAUCAAGAGAGGGCAAAUCAGGGAGAAUGUGAGUCUCAUUCUUAAUCUGGUAGUUCUGCUGGCCUGGCUCUUCCUCGAAGCUGCUUGUGUGUGCACCCUUGCUGCUCCAGGGGAGAUCCUUUUUUGUCUAAGUAGUGCUGGCGUAUACUUGUCCUAUAUUGUCAAGCCCCUGGCUCUCUGGAGUUCUCUGCUUUGGCCAGAACCUUCUGACCCUUCUUUGAGGGCUUCAUGAAUUCCUGCAGCUUUGAACAGGGUGUUCUGAGUCCAGCCCAGAGCUGCUGGGGUCCUUCCUGGCUGCAAACUCAGCUACCAUACUGAAUGGGAGUAUUUUAUUCACCAUGCAUUCCUGCCUGCUUGUGUCAUCAGAGCCAUCUUCUGGCACAGUUUACUCAGCAGAGAGUCCUAGUUGGAAGUCCUUGUGUAAAGUAUUUCAUCCUUCCUAAUAGAACUCUUUCUGGAUCCAGUGGCUGUUGGCUGUUUCCUGUUGGAGUUACUGAGCUGAAAGCAAACUACAUGGGUACUCUUCUUGUGCAAGAUUCUAGUUUCUUUCAUAGACUAACAUCCCAAAGGGCCUAAUUCUCAGCUGUCCAAUCUGCUCCAGAUUCCCUCACAUCUGCCAUUCACAUUUGUUCACUGUCUCAAUAUGUUGAACCUCUUUUGAAAGACUUCAGCUGGUUCCCUCUAGGAACGUUACAGCAUUAUUUGACACUGGGAUCUUUAAAAAUAACUUUAGCUUGUUGCUUUUUUUUCUAAUGUUAAAAUAUUGCAACAGCAGUGAAAGUCCCAGGGAAGUCCCUGUUAGGUUUCUAGAUGUUUCCCCCUGCACAGCACUGCCUGAGCUGCUGUCAGGCAGCUGUGCUCCCGCACACACUGGCAUGCAGCUGGCCUGAGGCAGGGAGCUGCACUGGGAGCUUAUGUAGUUGUUGAUGUUGUGUUUGGGGGUGUUUUUUUCAAUUGGUUUGGUUUAGAUUUGUUUUUCUAACAGGAAUUCUCUGCAAAGCAGCCAGAAGAAACCUGUGUGCUCAGUAACAGCCAUCGCUUCUCAGACCUCAGAAGCAACAAGAGCAGCAUGGCCAGCAGGGCAAGGGAGGGGAUGCUCCCCCUUUACUCUGCUCUCCUGAGAACCCACCUGGACUACUGUGUAAAGUUCUGGAGCCCCCAGCAUGAGAAGCACAUGGAACUGUUUGAGCCAGUCCAGAGGAGGCUACAAAGAUGCUUGGAUGGCUGCAGCAGCUCUGCUGUGAGAACAGGCUAUGAGAGUUGAGGCUCUGCAGCCUGCAGAAGAGAAGGCUUCCAGGAGACCUUGGAGUGGCCUUCCAGUAUCUGAAGGGGGCUACAGGAGGGCUGGGGAGGGACUAUUGACAAGAGCUUGUAAUGACAGAAUGAGGAGUAAUGAGUUUAAACUGGCAGAGGGGAGAUUGAAACUGAAUGUUAGGAAGAAGUUCUUUUCCAGUGAGGGUGGUGAAAACACUGGUGCAUGUUGCCCAGGGAGGUUGUGGCUGCUCCCUGCCUGGAGAUGUUCAAGGCCAGGUUGGAUGACACCUUGAGCAACCUGUUCUAGUGGGAGAUAUCCCUGUGUAUGGUGGAGGCUUGGAACUGGAUGAGCUUUGAGAUUGCUUCCAACCUAAACCAUUCUAGGAUUCUAUUUGCCUCUGGUUUAAUGGCAUUAUUUAAACAUUAGCUGCAAGGUAGACUCUUCAUGUAGGAUUGUGCACUCUUCACCUGCUCUUUGGGAGUACUCAGAGUCACACAAAAUCACAGAAUGUCAGAGGCUGGAAGAGACCACAAAAGCUCAUCCAGUCCAACCCCCCUGCCAGAGCAGAAUCACCCAGAGCAGAUCACAUGGGAACACAGCCAGGCAGGUCCUGAAUAUCUCCAGAGAGGGAGACUCCACAACCCCCCUGGGCAGCCUCUUCCAGGGUUCUGGCACCCUCACACAGGAAAAAAAACCCUCCUCAUGUUGCCAUGAAGAUUCCCGUGCCUCAGCUUCCACCCAUUACCCCUUGUCCUGUCAUUUGGCAUCACUGAGCAGGGCCUGGCUCCAGCCUGGCACUCACCUUUACAUCUUUAUUAACACUGAUGAGGUCACUUCUCAGUCUCCUCUCCAAGCAGCACAGCCCCAGCUGCCUCAGGCUGUUCUCAUAGCAGAGAUGUUCCAUGCCCUUAUCAUCAUUAUGGCUGUGUGCUGGACUCUCUCAAGCAGUUCUAUGUCCUUCUAGAAAUUGGGAGCCCAGAACUGGACACAGCACUCCGGAUUUGGCCUCACCAGCUCAACACUCAGAGAUACCUUGGAACACAACAGGGAGCAUGUGGGUGGUGAGAGGCUUUGAAAAUCAGACUAGAACAUUGAACUGCAUAAGCCUCUGCUUUCCUUAGUCAUUAGGUCCAUGUAUAAGGUAAACAUUAAGAAAUGAGAACCUCAGGUACUUACUAUAUUAAGACCUAGCUGCCACACAUGCAGUCCUCAGCAGCUCCAUGAGUGACCCUGUGUGUCAGGGUGUGGUAGGAAUGUAGCUCUGGAGCAUGGGCCUGCAUUUCAGCUUCUGAUGCAGCUGCAGAAUCCUAAAUCCAGAGUUGCAAAGAAGUUGCUCUGCCCAUGUAUUUCCUCAGUCACAGAGAAUGCGAGCAGUGCUUACCCAGGUGGGUCCUUCACUAUCAGCACCUUAAGAAGUCCAGACCAGCACCUUGGAGGUCCCACUGGAAUGAGUAGAUGUGACUUCUUGGUGUGAUCAGCUGAUUCUUCCCUUCUGAAUUAAAACCAUGUUUGCUGUUUUGCAGUAGCCAGUGUGCCCUUCUGUGCUGCUGCAGCUUGCUGGGUCUUGUUCCUGGAGCUGGCAGUCAGGCCAAAUCCUUAGGAUCUCCACUCCAUGAGAAGCAGAGCUUCAAAGGACAGUGGUGAAAAGGCAGCUUACACCAUAAUCAACUUUCUUCCUCACAGACCUUUCUGGAAAGUCUGUGGGCUUUUUACUACCCAGCAUGUGUUGAAAUAGGAGGAUGGGGUCCCAGAGAUUGCCCAGGCCUGACCACGAAUGGUCCUUGCUGCGUGCACAUUCCUCCCGCUCCUGAUGGGUCCAGCACCAGGCUCAGCUCUGCUUGAGUUCUGCUGAGCACGAGAAAAUCAGCCAUGAGAUGUUAGUUUGAAUCUGCACCUGUCUGUGGCAGCAGGAGGCCAGUGUUUUGGCACCACUGUGCUGGUGGGUGCAGAGUGGUUGUAGGCAUCUGGCAGGGCUGAGGUGUCCUGCACCCUUGCACUGAACUGGCCAUGAGCCAGGCAGAGGUGUGGAGCCUGGUGUGCAGGGACUCGGAACUCUUCAUGAUGCAUAAUGGUGAUGAAGUCUUUCCUGUCAGCAACCCUCUGUCUUUUCCUGAGGAGCACUGAUGUGUGAACAGCUCUCAUCAGUCUGGCAGUACAUCUCACUCACAGAAAUGUGCAGCCCUUGGUUCUUUUCCCUCCCUGUUGCAGGUGUGUAGCCGACUCCUUCCAUCACUGGCAAAGAGCAGCUCACAGAAUCUUUCAUUCUGUGUUUCCAUGGAAUGUCUCUGUUGCUUCCAUGUGCUGACCAAGUUUCAUGCCUUGGGGUGUUUUUUUGAGAGUGGUACAUGCAUGCUUUUUGGAGGGGUUAUGUUGGGUUCUUGCUCAUCAGCCACCAGGUUUUGAAGUGCAAUGACUUUAUAUUUUUUUGUGACAGUCACAAGUUUCUUUUAUUUCCUGGACACUUUUUUUGCUGAAGGGACCAACACAUAGCACAAUUUGAUUUAAAUUUCUGACCCCACAUGUUCCUCAAGGCAGAAACCUUUUGUGCCUAAUGAUGCAUCUGAUCCUGAGAAUUACACACGGAUAAAGUCUUUCACAGACCAAUAAAAAACCCAAAUCUUAGGUUAACCACAUCAUAGUCAUGGGGAAAAUGAGACCAAUUUGAAACAUCCCAAUUGAAUUCCCUCAACUUACAUUAAGUUGAACUGUUUCAGGUGCAUUGUAAGAGAUAAACCCAGUGGAUAUUCAGACCAAAAGCUGUUCAGGUUCAGCGAGUUGACAGGUCUUGAGUUUUCACUAGAUGCAGUCUUUCAGGGCUUUAACAAGUAACCAAGUCCUGACUCUUCUCACAGCCCCACUAAAAUUCUGCCAGUGGUUCCCCUUGAAGUGCCUCUUUUAAUUGUAUCUGCAAGCACAUGGAAUAAUUCACAGCUCCACCCUACACCUUUCCAGAACUCAGGAGCAGCCAGUAUGCACAGAUCUGCACAGGAUUCUCAGCCCUCCUCCUUGCCCUGCACUCUGUACUCCACAUAUCCAGCAGGCUUGCCUUUGUCUCAUCAUUUACUGUCCAGCACAGCAUCCUGAGUGCUGAAAAUGGGGUAGGAAAUGCUAGACUUAAAAGCGACUGCACUGGAGGGAGGUAGCUGACCUGAUCUUCUGGCACAUCCUUCAGGAUAGAGAGCUUAGAAUCAGCAGGGAAUUCUGCAUUGAAAGAGUUGAGUAAGUGGUAGGUGGCUCCUGGCAGGCCCUUGUGGUGUCAAAACAAAACAAAGAUAAACCCAAACAAAACCCAAAACAAAAUGAAGCAAAAAAAAAAACUCCAAACAAAUGAAAACAGGCAUAACAAAACAAAGCAAAAAAAAAACAAACAAAUGAAACAAAACCCAAACAAAACAGAGUAAAGGAAAAAAAAAUGACAAAACAACCAAACAAAUGAAACAAAACUCAAACAGGGCAAAGCAAAAAAAUUAAACAAAUAAGACAAAGCAAAACCAACCAAACAGCACAAAACCCAAACAAAAUAGAGCAAAGGGGGGGAAAAUUGAAUCAAAUAAAGCAAAACAAAGCAAAAAAAAAACCAAAUGAAACAAAACCCAAACAAAACAGAGCAAAUGAAAAAAAAAAGACAAAACAACCAAACAAAUGAAACAAAACUCAAAGCAAAGCAAAAAAAAUUAAACACAUAAGACAAAGCAAAACCAACCAAACAGCACAAAACCCAAACAAAAUAGAGCAAAGUGGAAAAAAAUUGAAACAAAUAAAGCAAAACAAAGCAAAAAAAAAAAAAAAAACAAAAACAAAUGAAACAAAACCCAAACAAAAUAGAGCAAAGGAAAAAAACCUGAAACAAAUAAAGCUAAAAAAAAAAAAAAACCCAAACAAAACAGAGCAAAGAAAAAAAAAAACAACCAAACAAAUGAAACAAAACUCAGAGCAGAGCAAAAAAAAUUAAGACAAAGCAAAAACAACCAAACAGCACAAAACCUAAACUAAAAAGAGCAAAGGAAAAAGAAUGAAACAAAUAAAAAAAAAACACAUGAAACAAAACCCAAACAAAACAGAGCAAAGAAAAAACAACUUGAAACAAAUAAAGCAAAAAAAAAACCCAAACAAAUGAAACAAACCCCAAGCAAAACAGAGUGAAGGAAAAAAAAAGACAAAACAAAGCAAAAAAACCAACCAAAAUCCCAAACAAAACAGCAAAGAAAAAAAAACUGAAACAAAUAAAGCCAAAAAAAACCAAACAGAUGAAACAAAGCAAAAAAAACCCAAACAGAUGAAACAAACCCCAAGCAAAACAGAGCAAAGGGGGAAAAAAGACAAAUCAACCAAACAAAACCCAAACAGAGCAAAGCAAAAAAAAAUUAAACAAAGACAAAACAAAGCAAAAGCAACCAAACAGCACAAAAACCCCAAACAAAAUAGAGCAAAGAGAAAAAAAACACUUGAAACAAAUAAAACAGAGCAAAAAAAAACCCACCCAAAUGAAACAAAACAGAGCAAGGAAAAAAUAAAAGACAAAACAACCGAACACAUGGAACAAAACCCAAACAGAGCAAAGCAAAAAACAAAUAAUGAAAUAAAUUAAAUACAAAGCAAAGCAAAAGAAAAAAACUCAAACAAAUAAAGACAAAACAAAGGGGAAAAAAAAAAACAAAUGAAAGAUAAAGCAAAGCAGAAAAGCCACAAACAAAACCUUUUGCUUUUAUUUAAAGCAAUUUCUGAGAAGAAAUUUUCCGGUGAUGGAAGUCUAGAGGUGAAGAGUGGGUUUGGGGAUGUCAUAGCUACGUGACAUGACAGCCUUAGUCAUGUGGGUUUGACAGUGCUCGACCUGAAAGCUCUUCUUCCUUCAGAGGUUUUUAACGCAGUGGCUGAGAUCCUCAGCACAGCCUAAGGCGCUCGGAUGUUCGUCUACCACUUCUUUAACUCCUGCAGAUGAAAAGCACUCUUUAGGGACAGCAACCUCCAUCCGUGGUGCUAAAAGCAGAUACUAGCAUCGGACAAAUGUUUUGCUUCUCCUCCUUAGGUGGUUUGCUUUCUUUUAGUAGCCCAAAACGGCAUGAAAAAUCCACCCCCCGUUCCUGCAGGUGUUUUACCAGUGGGGAUUCAAAGUCAGGCCAAGGUCACCACUCACACUAAACCUGAGAUUUCUACUAAAACAGAGUUGUGUAUUUGGUCCUUCUUGUGUAACUUUUGCUAAAUCCCUCUAGGUUUCCAGGAAAGUUGUCUUUUACCAGUACUAAUGACUUCUUUUUAAAAGCCUUUAACCAAAAUUUUCUAACUCCCCAUAAAUUUUGACUAUAUACACCCCUUGAACAGUCGCUGUACCAUGCAGCCUCUGUCUGGGUAACUAGUAAGGCUUGGAUCGUUGUGCAGAUGACAGGAUGGAUUUUGUUCCCUAAGGAUACAUGAAGGAGUCACUUACUGAAGAAGCUGAAUGCAGAAAAGAUUUAAGGGGCAGAUCUUCAGCUUGGGUAAAUUGGCAGAGUUGGGUGGAAGCUACUUUAUGUCAGCUGUGGAUCUUGUCCUUCAGUGUUGAAGGCAUUUCCUAUACAUAUUUUUUUCUGUCUUACUGUAAACCAAUUUCAUAUGGUUAAACUGUAUUUUCCUAUAUUGUUCUGCAAGUUUAUAUGCACCAGAGUGCUCAUCUCAUCUCCUGUAAAAUAAAGUGUACAGAGACACA